GUCCAAUUGAUUUCCUGUCUGUGUUGCAUACAUUCCGCCCGACAUCUCAAGGCUGCCGUCUUCAGUCGGUCAUGGAUGCACAGUAUCACCUAGUUUACUUCGACGUUCGCGCUCGUGGUGAGUGCAUUCGCGUCUUGCUACAUUUGGCUGAUGUUCCAUUCACUGAGGAAAGGCACGGUUUGGAGGACUGGCCGGCUGUAAAGUCGAGUGGGCGGUGCCCCUUUGGUCAACUUCCAGUUCUGGAACUGAGCGACGGGGGCAGACUCGCACAGACUUGCGCCAUCUUCAGGUUCCUCGCAAAGAAGCAUGGCUUAGCACCUUCCGAUGAUUACUUACAAGCCCGCUGUGAUAUGCUCGUUGAUAACAACAAGGACAUGAUGGAUAGAUUGGGAGAAAUAGUUUGGGAACUGGAUGAAGUGCGUCAGGAAAUGUUGAAGAAGAAAUUCUAUGACGAGAUUCUACCCGUACAAAUGGAAAACAUCAAUAAAUUGUUACAAGAAAAUAACGGCGGAAAGGGCUACUUGGUUGGUGACAAGAUAACUUACGCCGAUAUCGAUUUUUUCUGUUUCUUCAAUGGUUAUAUUAAUGGUGGCAAAUUGGAUGUCCCUGAGCAAUUUUCGAAGUACCCUCUACUGGCUGACCUUUACAACCGUGUGAUGAAUAAACCGAAGAUUCUGGAAUACCUGAAACACAGGAAGCCCAACCGCGGACAGUAUCCAUACUGAUGUCAUCAUCACGUCAUCAUUGCCGAGGUCCCCAGUCACCAUUUGUAAACUCUUUUUUCCCAAGUUUAGCUAUGAAAUGAUAUUCUCCCUA